AGUAGAGGGCGCACUCUUGUGAGCGGCUUUUGUACCCCGUUGCUUCCUGGCUGCUUUACCGGUCGAUUUGCAGGCAGUGCGCUUUGUACAAGCCAUGGUAUAGAGGCUUCCCUACUUACCUCCCUUAUCCUUCAGCUGGAGCUCUGCCAGCGAGAGGCGGCGCUGGCGUUGGAGAGUGAUGGCGGCAUGGACGCGCGGCAGCAGCGGCUGCGAACACCUUGAGGACGGGUCUCAUUAUGUUGCCCAGGCUGGACUUGAACUUCUGGGCUCGAGCAAUUCUCCCACCUCAGCCUACCAAGCAGCUGGGACUACAGGUCUGCACCACUGCACCCUACCCAUUCAAGUCCACAUCCCCAGAAAUGAGGAUAAUGCUUGGCACAAGGUGUUUAUUAUUCCCUUGCUUUUCUUCAUAAUUUCACCACAUAAAUUUGCUUUCCUAAAACCUCAAGAACAACGUGGAUUAAAGUGAUUCAUAUUUUGAAUUCUCUCCCAAGCUGUCUUUGCUGUGUUCCUACUUGUCACAAACUCCAGAGGGGAAAAGAUUUUAUGCUACUUGAAAUCUUAACAAUGCAGCUGCCACAGUUUCAAAGAUGUUGCCAGAAGACACAAAACCCCUGGGUCAGAGACAAAGAAUAUUACUGUGCAUGGUACAAGAGGGAGAUUAAUGUUCACAUGGUUCUCUUGACCCUCAAGUGCCAUGAGGAUGAUGUGGAGGAAGACUCAGGUGGAUGCUGUGCACACAGUGAAUCUGUGUUUCAGCUUAGGAUGUAUUCUAAAAAGUAGGCUGCUAGCAAACUUGUCCAAGCUUUGCCCUGGAGGAAGAUGUUAUCUUUAUUGUUCUGCAUGGGGAAACAGAUCUGCACUUUGCAGAAGUGCAGAAACUAUGUAUUUUCCAAGGUUGUUUGCUAUAUAAAUAUUUUGGAAAGAUAGUCCAGUAAAAGAGUUGAUUCAAGUCAUCCAUAAUACUUCUUAUGGAGAAAUGUCUCUCAACAACACUAACCAUCUUUCAGUUUCUGUAAUGGCCUAUGCCCACUCUGAGUGCUGCUGCAUGUGCUAUUUUUCUUUUGGAAACAUUUUCUCCUGCUUUCUCUGUCUCAUCUAAUUAACUUCUCAUCAUUCUUUAAAUGUAGGUUUUUUUUUUUUUUUUCAGUUCCUCAGAUUAAGUUGAAUUCCCCCAUAGGUUGCUAUUUAUUCCAUUAAGAGGAUUUAUUGGCUCGGUGCGGUGGCUCAUGGCUGUAAUCCCAGCACUUUGGGAGGCCGAGGCAGGUGGAGCAUGAGGUCAGGAGCUCAAGACCAGCCUGGCCAAGAUGUUGAAACCCUGUCUCUACUAAAACUACAAAAAGUAGCCAGGGGCAGUGGCAGGUGCCUGUAAUCCCAGCUACUCGGGAGGCUGAAGCAGGAGAAUUGCUUGAACCCCGGGCAGCAGAGGUUGCAGUGAGCUGAGAUCACGCCAUGACACUCCAGCCUGGGUGACAGACUGAGAUUCUCGCCCAGAGUCAAAUUUUC